UAUAAAUGUCAUCAUGCCUGUCAAUAAGAAAGCCAUGAUGGAUGUGUACAUCAAUCAACUAUUUACUGCAGUUUAUGAAUUCACAUUUGAAAGACUUGCUACAAGAAAUGAAGGUGGAAUAAAAUUGGAAGCAUCAGUACCUUGCACGAAGGACAAUAAUGUCCUCACUGACCAACAUGCUGAUGAAAUCUGUAAGGAUAUUUGGACAUUUCUAGGGCAACUCAAAGGACUUAUGGGACAGAUUGCAAUUCUCCAUUCUCCACUGAUCCCAGAUGUAUUCCUUCAUGGCUUUACAACAAGAUGUGGUGGCAUAUCCUAUAUACCAAGCCUCAGUUCCUUGAACCUUUUCAGCAGCUUUAAACGUAGAGAUCCAAAGGCUGUGAUUAAUGAGAAUAUACGGCGCUUGGCCACAACUGCAGGAUUUAACCCCAAAAUCUACUACCUCGCAAAGGUAAACCAUGGAAACACCAUCUGGACUAUGGGGAGACCGGAGCCAGCGAACUAUGAUGGAAUUGUGACCAACCAGAAAGGAGUCACCAUAGCAGCACCAGGAGCUGACUGCAUCCCUUUGAUCUUUGCUGAUCCUGUCCAAAUAGCAUGUGGAGCAGCUCAUGCAGGUUGGAGAGGUACUCUGGCUGGAGUGGCUAUAGCUACAGUAAACACAAUGAUGACUGAGUUUGCCUGCAGUAUGAAGGAUAUUCGAGUGGUGAUGGGACCUUGUGUGGGCGAGUGCUGCUUUACACUGCACCAAGAGGCAGCUGAAGAAUUUAUCAAGAUAGACUCGAGCUGCGUGAGAAACACAGAUGGAUCCAAACCUCAUGUGAAUCUUAGACAAGCAACCAGAGUGUUGCUGGAACGUGAAGGGAUUUUAUCAGAAAAUAUAUGUGAUGUUUCCACUUUUAAUCCAAGCAACAAAGGUACUCUUUGUACUGCUUGUCAGCCUGAUAUGUUCUUUUCACACACUCGGGAUGGGCAAAACUUUGGAACCCAAAUUGGAUUCAUAUCUGUCAGAGACUAAAAGCAAAUAUCCAAACUCGUAGAGUGCCUUCUAUUGGUGUCCAAUGGUGCCACCUGCUGGUACCUAUUCUCUUCUAUAAGGUGAAUAGCUGAGUGGAAUAUUACCUGAAAACUAUUUUCUCUUUGGUGCAUCAAUUGCUAUUUGCUACUUGCUUUUUCAACAGAAGGAAUUCCUCCAAGCUGACUUUGUGAAUCCUGAUAGCAAAGGUGUUUUUCUAACAAUAGUUUCACAAUGAUCUUUAAUAAUGCAUUUAAGCGCAUUUAAGUGCUCUGAGAUGCCGUCCGGCGUAGAUGGCGCUAUAUAAAUCCAAGUUAUUGUUGUUGUAACAAAAGCAAAUUAUUUUCUAUUUUUGGAUACAAUAUGGCACCUAGGUUUUGCACACAUCUUUCAGUGAAGUACGAUGCAUAUUAUGUGAGAAAAACUUUGAAGAUUAAUUUUAUCAUAAUUUUUACAUUUUGUUUUUUUUAUAUACAAAAUGUGUCCUGGCCAACAAUCAAUAAAUGUUGUCAUUCACUCUA